GUGUUCUGCGUGGGACUCUGGUGCCUAGACGAGUACUGGUACUACAGCGUCUUCACGCUGUCCAUGCUGGUGGCGUUUGAAGCCUCCCUGGUGCAGCAGCAGAUGCGGAACAUGUCGGAGAUCCGGAAGAUGGGCAACAAGCCCCACAUGAUCCAGGUCUACCGAAGCCGCAAGUGGAGGCCCAUCGCCAGUGACGAGAUUGUUCCUGGGGACAUUGUCUCCAUCGGCCGCUCCCCACAGGAGAACCUGGUGCCCUGCGACGUGCUGCUGCUGCGGGGCCGCUGCAUCGUGGACGAGGCCAUGCUCACGGGGGAGUCGGUGCCCCAAAUGAAAGAGCCAAUCGAAGACCUCAGCCCAGACCGGGUGCUGGACCUCCAGGCUGACUCCCGGCUCCACGUCAUCUUUGGGGGCACUAAGGUGGUGCAGCACAUCCCCCCACAGAAAGCCACCACAGGCCUGAAGCCGGUCGACAACGGGUGCGUGGCCUAUGUCCUGCGGACCGGAUUCAACACGUCCCAGGGCAAGCUGCUGCGCACGAUCCUCUUUGGGGUCAAGCGGGUGACCGCAAACAACCUGGAGACCUUCAUUUUCAUCCUCUUCCUCCUGGUGUUUGCCAUUGCUGCCGCUGCCUAUGUGUGGAUCGAAGGCACCAGGGACCCCAGCCGGAACCGCUACAAGCUGUUUCUGGAGUGCACCCUCAUCCUCACCUCGGUCGUGCCCCCUGAGCUGCCCAUCGAGCUGUCCCUGGCCGUCAACACCUCCCUUAUCGCCCUGGCCAAGCUCUGUGAGUGUGUUGGGUAUG